AUGGGAAGAAUCCUGACGAGGGGUAAAGAUCUUUUGUGCAUUGAGUAUAAUGAGAAGAAUCCUGAUGAUGGUGAUGAUGACGAUGAGACACCAAUUCAUAGAAUUAGAAGGCCUAAGUACAAUAGUACAUUGUCACUCGUUCAAUUAGGUUCUGAUGGCAACCUCCAUGUCCAUACUUAUUACGAUAAAGGGUACUGGAAUGACGCAUGGGAUGAAACCUUCACCUAUUUUGCGAGUGAUCAAUGUAGGUUGCCUGAGAAGUGUGGGUCAUUUGGAAUUUGUUCAAAGAACCAGUGUGUUGCUUGCCCUACCCCUAAUGGCUUAUCGAUUUGGAGCGAAGAUUGCAAGCCGCCAACUUUACCUUCCUGCAAAACUAGUACUGUAAAUGCUAGUUACUAUCAGAUCGAGGGUGUUGAUCACUUCUUGAGUAUGUCAAAUGAAGGAGAAGGGCCAAUGAAAAUCGAUGAUUGUAAGAAGAAAUGCAGCAUGGAUUGCAAGUGUGCCGCUGUCUUUUACAGAAAGGAUACAUCGAAGUGUUUGCUGACCAACCAACUCAAUACCCUUACUAAAUUUAUCGGUUCUUCGGAUAAAGACCAUAUAGCCUUUGUUAAGUAUGCAAACAAUGUAUUAGCCAGAGACAUGUAA